CAAAUCCUAUCUUCUUCUUCGUUAAUUCUAAUGGAAACCCACUCUUCCUCUUUCUCUACUGUACAAUCUUACCUCCAUGCCUUGGUCCAUACUCCACAUCGCUUUGCUCGCCGUGCACCCUCUGUUUCUUCCUCCUACGAAGAACUCAGCCAAGUCAAGGCCCGUUCCGGCUCCGACAUGCGAAAAACCCUCCGUUGGUUCGAUCUAGUUGGCCUCGGAAUCGGAGGUAUGGUCGGAGCCGGUGUGUUCGUCACCACCGGCAGAGUUACUCGCCUCUACGCCGGCCCUGCUGUUGUUAUCUCUUACGCCAUCGCUGGACUCUGCGCCCUCCUCUCCGCCUUCUGCUACACCGAGUUCGCCGUCCACAUGCCCGUCGCCGGCGGUGCCUUCAGCUACCUCCGAAUCACCUUCGGUGAGUUCGCCGCAUUCUUGACCGGGGCCAACUUAAUAACCGAAUACGUCAUGUCAAACGCCGCCGUUGCCAGAAGCCUCACCUCCUAUUUAGCCGCCGCAAUGGGUAUCUCCACGGCGAAAUGGAGAUUUUUUCUCCCUUUUCUUCCCAACGGAGUCAAUGAAAUCGAUCUCGUAGCUCCGGCCGUCGUACUAAUCAUCACGCUUAUCAUCUGUUACAGAACCAGAGAAAGCUCCAUCGUCAACAUGAUUCUCACCGCAUUACAUAUCCUCUUCAUAGCUUUUGUUAUAUUAAUGGGGUUUUGGAGAGGCGAUUGGAACAAUUUCACCCGCCCGGAGAAUCCUCAGAAUCCGUCCGGUUUCUUCCCCCACGGCGCCUCCGGUGUCUUCAAUGGAGCUGCCAUGGUUUACUUAAGUUACAUCGGAUACGACGCCGUAUCGACGAUGGCCGAGGAGGUUCGUAAUCCCGUAAAGGAUAUUCCGAUCGGGGUAUCGGGCUCCGUCAUCAUUGUCACCAUUCUUUACUGCCUCAUGGCGGCUUCCAUGUCCAUGUUGCUACCUUACGAUAUGAUAGACGUGGAGGCUCCGUUUUCGGCGGCAUUUCGAGGGGGGAAGGUGGGAUGGGAAUGGGUGGCGAGGGUGAUAGGAGUGGGGGCGAGCUUCGGGAUAGUGACGUCAUUACUAGUGGCGAUGCUGGGACAGGCUCGGUACAUUUGCGUCAUCGGACGGUCCAAUGUGGUCCCGGCUUGGUUCGCCAGGGUCCAUCCCAAAACAUCGACUCCGGUCAACGCCUCCGUUUUUCUCGGGAUUUUCACAGCUGCAAUUUCCCUUUUCACCGAUCUAAACGUCCUCCUAAACAUGGUAUCCAUCGGUACUCUCUUCGUGUUCUACAUGGUAUCGAAUGCCGUCGUCUACCGUCGUUAUGUCGUGAUCGGAAUGACAAAGCCAUGGCCAACAUUAUCCUUCCUAUGCCUCUUCUCCCUCACAUCCAUCAUCUUCACCCUGUUGUGGCAUUUCACACCAGCAGGGAAGCCCAAACCCUUUGUGCUUGCUGCUUGUGCCGCAAUCGCCGUAUCCAUACUACAAGUCUUCCAUUGCAUGGUACCACAAGCAAUGAAGCCUGCAUUUUGGGGUGUCCCUUUCAUGCCUUGGCUACCAUCCAUGUCGAUUUUCUUGAACGUUUUCUUGCUGGGAUCACUAGACGGACCGUCGUACGCGCGAUUUGGGGUCUUUUCAGGCCUGGCGGUGCUCGUAUACGUCUUGUACAGUGUUCAUGCUAGUUUUGAUGCUGAAAUGGAAAGUCAAAAGAACGUUGAAGAAUCAGCAGAAAGUGAAGAGGGUAGUCAAAAGGUUUAAUUUUUCUUGAUUCCC